AUGGAUUCAGAAAAUACCAUAGGUAUCUCUCCAAACCUUGAGUGCAUAACGGGUGCAGUUGCGUGCCAAUGUGAACUAGGUCGUGAGAAAUUGCUGACGGCUCCGCCCUAUAACCGCUCGACAGUGGAUGAGGAUGCCAGCUCUCGGCUCCAAACAGCGCCGUGUGCUAGAGAUCUCGAACAGUACAAAUGCCCAGUCAGCCAUAUCCUCGUUAAUUUCAAAUCACCUUUAUCCCCUAACGAUGUGUUCAACAAAGUCUUCCCGUCUAAUACCCCAAUUAAGCAAGUUAAACGGAAACUAGCCAAAUUGCUUUCAGUUUCCAAUAAUAACCUUGUAUUGGCAAAAAACAGAAACGUGUUGAAAGAAACGAGCCUCGUUUCGGAACUGAAAACCGAUGCUCUCGGAAAUCUUUCGAUCGACGUAUUUACAAAAAAUUCUGAACAGUUUUCUCUGUCAUCUAUUCCCAAGGAAUCUUAUGUUCAUGAACUAAUACACACAAUGAUGCCAAAAAAGAAAACUAUGCCAUUUAUUGCGAUCAAAUUUAGAAUAAGAAAUCAGAAUCGAGUUUUCACUCGUUCAUACCAUUCCAUUUUAAAAGUACAUGAAGUUAAGAAGAAUUUAGCGGGUGUGUUCUCGAUUGACCCCGAAAACUUAGUACUCUUGAGACAAGAACGUCCUUUAAACGACCGUAUGGCGUUAUUAGAUCUUGAUUACGAUAAGUAUGGGAUCGUUGAGGUGGAACUUCUGACUAAAAAUAAUGAUAACCUUAAUUUGGAGAGACUAUAUAAGGAAAUGCCAUUUAGUGAUGUGAUGACAGUGGCGGUCCCUUUAGGGAGUACUAUUAAAUAUAUUAACGUUGAAAUAUUUUCAAAACCCAUGAAGAAACCUUUUCUUGGUGGUUAUAGAAAUGUAUACACAGGUGUAAUUUACCACCAUGCUUACACACAAACACCGCAGAAGCCUGAAAAGGUUUUACCAGAAAAUAAAACCUGUCGAGAUACUCAAACAGCUGAAACGCGAGAAAAAAUUUACGACACUAAUUAUAGCAGAGCCACGCAAAUGAAUUGUGUUCACGCCUAUAUUCCAAACGUAUCAGACAGAAUUAUUGUACCGCAACCAUAUGAAACAUACGAACAAAUGAUAGCAAGGCUGAAUCAUAACCAUUAUGCGUCUAUAAUACAGAGGGCCUUCAGACAUCAUCAGUUUAGACAGAAAGUCAAAAAAUGGCUAAAUGAGUGCAUGGAAAGAAUUAAAAGAAUGGAAGAAGAGAAAAGAUUGGAACGCGAAGCAAUGGAGAGAAGAUUACGAAAGGAUCUAGUCACUAAAACAUUCCCAAAAACUCGCGAAGAUUUUGACCAACUAUACGCAAUGGUAGAUCGCUGGAAACAUGCAGAAAUAGCAAGAAUAUCACAACUGCACUCAAAAGGUCCUAAGAUUGCAGAGUUUACUCUUUUAUUAGACAAAGAAGUUGAACUUCUACGUUGCAUAGAAUCUUACAGAGUGAAAGUACGAGAAGACAGUCGCAAGACAAAAGAAAAGAAAUUUCUUGAAGAGAUAUCUAAACCUGUUGCAUGGUAUGGGCGUGAUGGCAAAUUGAUAACAAUGGAUACCGUCGAAAUUCAAAAGGCAAGAAAACUUAAGGAGUUGUAUAAUUCAUUCAUUAGAAACGAUGUGGACGUUAAAGAAAGAAUAGAGCUUUUAGUUAACAUGAAAUUUGCUGUACAAGAAUUUCGACACCCUUUAGCUGAAGAAAUUAUAACGCUGCUAGACAGAGAAUGUGAUCUUCUUGUUCGAAGAUGUAACGAUUACCAACUUGAAUUUUUAAGGCUACGAAUAGCUGCCAGUGUCUUUCAGCUAAUUAAAACAUCAGGUUUAAACUCUGACGUAACGAAGUGCAAAGAUAUUAGAGAUUAUCGAAAAAUGGAGAACUGCAGACUAUAUUUCUGUGAAAUGUGUCAUCAAGUGAAACUUAAUACAGAAUUUCCACUAAACGCUAAAAUGAGCGGAUUCCUAGUGUGCACAUCCUGCUCCUGGAAAGAUGUAUCGGAACGUUUAUGGAUCGACAUGACACCAUAUAAGUUUAUUCUAAGGGCCGUUCAACGUGACGAACGAAGAAGAAAAUGUUGGGGAUCCUUGGCUUUUGUACUUCAAGAGAAAGAUAUAUUUUUUAUCGCAGAAAAGUUAUGGCAUUCUCAUUCAGCUAUUAGCGAAUGUAGUGAUAUGACUGAACUGAGAUUGUGUAGAUGGCACGUAAAUGAAGAUUGGUCCCCAUGGAACUGUUUCUUAGUAACAGUUCAAGAAAUGAAAGCACACUUGAAGUUAGAACACCCUGAAAGUGUUUACGACGAGGAACUUGUCCAGAAAGUACAAAAUAAACAUAAGCUGGCCAAAGCUAAUUUCGAACAACUUGUAACUGUUAACAAACGUCUAACAGAAAGCGGAGCCUGGCCGAGUGUUCGCGCACCUGCUAUUGCUCGUGUAGAUGCUGUAGAUAGAAUAUGAAGAAACUUAGAUGAUUUAACUAUCGAAAAUGAUAAUAUAAACAAAUCAUAUGAUUCUAGCAUUUACUCUGUAAUAGGUUCGUUAUAUUAUAUUGAAAGUAACGUGCUGCAUUAUUGUGGCAAUAAUAUAUUUUGCGGAUUGUUGA